ACAGACGGCGCAAAGGCGAAUUCUGAUUGGUUUAGUUAUUUCUUGGCGAAACGAGGAAAUGUUUCGAGUACUCGCAAAAGAGAGACGAAGGACCAAACAUUGUUUAACUUUCAGUCCUGCACGAUGCCCUCCUCGGGCAAGCGCGCCCCGCGCAGAGAGGAGCUGCAGCUCGAGUUGAUGUGCGAGUGGGGCGUGUGUCAAGAAACGUUUGGCAGGAUGCAAGAGUUCUGCGAGCACGUAGAGAAACAUUAUACAAGUGUAGUGGAGUCUGAGACUGAUUUAUUAGAAGAAGAGCAUAACUGUCUGUGGCGAGACUGUGGCUUUUGCUCGGUGGAUGGGGAUGGGGAGCUUCUCAGACACAUGUUCUUUCAUUGCUACCACAUAAAGUUAAAGCAGUGGGGACUUUCUAUACUCAAGGGUCACAAUGACAUGGGUUCCUGCUCUGUCGGUAUUCAUAACCGCAACAUUGUGCCUGAGGUCCAGGAGAACUUCUUAUGUCUUUGGGAACACUGUGAGAUGUCUAUGGAUAAUCCAGAGUGGUUCUACAGACAUGUGGAGAUGCAUGCCCAUUGUCUGGAGCCUAAUGAAGAAAGCGUUUUGUUUUGUGGCUGGAAAGAAUGUGAGGCCUCCUUCAAGGGCAGGUUUAAGUUGCGUGAGCACAUGCGUAGUCACACGCAGGAAAAACUUGUGGCAUGUCCGACCUGUGGAGGAAUGUUUGCCAACAACACAAAGUUCUUUGACCACAUACGACGGCAGACCUCCAUAGAAGGUCAAAGAUUUCAAUGUUCUCACUGUUCUAAACGCUUUGCCACCGAGAGGCUCCUGAGAGACCAUAUGAGAAACCAUGUCAACCAUUAUAAAUGUCCACAUUGUGACAUGACCUGUCCCUCACCAUCAUCACUGAGAAACCACAUAAAGUUUCGUCAUUCCAACGAGAAGCCCUACAGCUGUGACUACUGCGAGUACAGCUGUAAAAACCUUAUAGACCUGCGGAAGCAUUUAGACACUCACAGCAGUGAGCCAGGGUAUCGAUGUGACUUUGCUGACUGCGGCUACUCCACCCGCUCCCUUUACUCAAUCAAGAAUCACUACAAACGUGUUCACGAGGGAGAUUACACCCCUCGCUAUAAGUGCCACGUGUGUGAGCAGUGCUUCACACGUGGGAACAAUCUCACAGCCCACCUACGCAAGAAACAUCAGUUUAAAUGGCCAUCAGGACACCCCAGAUUCAGAUAUAAAGAGCAUGAAGAUGGGUUCAUGCGUCUGCAGCUGAUCCGCUAUGAGAGCGUGGAGCUUACAGAACAGCUGAUGCGAGAGAGACAGGGGGACAGCAGUGAAUCCAACCCGCAGAACAUCCAGCCCGGUGAAGAAAUGGAGUUGGGAGCUCUUGGCACCGUGGGUGGAGUUACAGAGACUGGAAUGAGGAAGGAGGCAGCAGAAGACUGUAGGACACAAGAAAACAGAGAAAGUGUGUUUCUGUUAAUGACAGCCGGUACGUCCACAGAGACCGAAUCUAUAAGCGAGGAGUCCGUGAUGCUACAGCUACAGGACACUGCACAACAGCUGGGCAUGCAGGUGGUCUAACUGCGCCUCUGCUUACUGAGCUUCCCAAGACUGAUUUUUCAUCAUUUAAAAGGAGUUGGAACGUGCCUAUUAACAUUUGUGGUUUCAUGUGUUGUUUUAGGAGACUAACAGGGAACCAAAAGUCAAAACAGCAUGUACUUUAGGAGCUGAACUGACACAAUGUUGUUGUUCAUGAUGUUGAGCAGCGUGUUAUUUUUUUUUAAACAAUGGAGUUAUGUGGUAAUUUAUACUGCCAAGUUUCAAAAGGUUAAAAAGAUCCAUUUAAAAGUACAGCGUUAAAGGAGCGCGGUUUCUUUAGAGAUGACAGCUCUCGUGUUUUCUCCUUAAGCAGGGCAUUAUUAUCCAUUAACAUCUUAAAUAUCAGUUUUGUAUCGUACAUAAAGUUAUUGGCUUCACAACAUAUGGAGCAUUAAUCCCAUUAAUUUCUUUGUUUUAUGAAAAACACUUCCAGAGACAUUUGUCCGAGAUCAUUUUGUGUUUUAUAGAAGAAUGAUGGUCUUUUGAAGUUAGAAGAUAGAAAUGAGGAUUAACAAAAUAUUUCUCGAAACUUGACUAUGAGAGAGAAAGGAAGAGUAGAGAAGUUUAAUCCUACUGAACAAUUUAACUUGUUUUUUAGACUACAGGUUUAGUCUUAAUGUGAAGGGAGAAUCAUUUGUCUCUCCUAAAUUCUUUUUACAGUGUAUAGUCUUAUACAAUUUGGCUGUUUGCUUCUGUUUAAAAAGUGCCCCUGAAAUUUAAGAUCAACAAAUACGCGUGUUAUUUAUUUGUCAAAAUUUCUAUUGGGGUCAGUUUAUGGGUACCUGCGAACUGCAUAUAGAAUAUGUUUUAUUGAAAGUUUCCUUCUGUUGAUAACUUGCUUUCCCGCAGCCUUUCUAUUAAAUUAAAUUAAAAGUUUUCAAAAGUA